CGCAAAGCUUCGGCGAAUAGGAUCGUACCUGGGUGAGUCGCUGAGCCACCUCGCCACCAGCUGCAACAUGCCGGUGGAGCUGGUCCAACUGUUGACGGAGAAUAGGAAGAAGACAGAACAGCGGCGACCAGAAGGACUUGCAGGGGGGACAACGCUUUAUGCAGUGAACAAAAAACUCUUUCACUCGAUGACGCGGUGGGCACUCAUAAGAGAAACGGCACAGGAUUGGGCGUGUGGAGACGAGCAGCAGCGGGCUGAGUACGAAGAGGAGCUCGCUGUCAGAUACUUUGGAACACCAGGCGAAACCGAGACGCGUGCGGAGAUGGUGAAGCGAGUCCUUGAAGAAAAUCCGGACGCACAGCCAGCGGACAUAGAGUACAGCCCCCCGAUGGGAAUGCCGGAAGUCGUGCAGAGUUUGGCCGCGGGCGGAGAGUGCUUAUGGAGCGGAGAGAUUGUGACAGGCAUGACGAGCUGGGGCACAACGAGAGAAGGCAUGACGCCGGAGCUUCGGGACCACUUGCAAGGGCAUCACCCCAAACGCACCCCCACGAGCAUUCCCUUAAAGCAAGAGAUCUGCAGGAAGUCAGCGCAGUUUAAUGCAGAACAAGACGCGGAGUUGAGGCGUGAAAUUAUCGAGAGAAACUCCGACAUACUGCGCGACAAAAUGGCGCGGGGCCCACAGGCCAACGUAAAAAAGAUAUUCUGCAAAAAAUGCGAGUUAAUGUACAGCUCGACAGCCGGAGCCAUGGAGAAGCAUGCUCAAAAUCAUAGAGACAAUAGCUAUAUACGAAUUGGGCGCAAAAAGAACAACAAUGGCGAAGCAGUAGGCGAGUACAGACCGGAGCAGCAUCUGUGGAACCAGUGGACCGGGCGAUACUACUUUGGCUCUGAUGCAAAGGGCUGGAAGAACAUAAUCCCGCGCGACGCACUUCACAAGGACCGGGCUGGCUGCGAGUACCUACGCUGUAGGAAGUGCAAAACGUACAAGAUCCUUUUCAACCACGACCAGAAGACCGAGCGACUUCACAACCACGCCGAAUCGAUCAAAAUCAGCCGCAUGGUGGCGCAUGAAGCUGCCUGCAAGCCAAAAGCGAAGGAGACCAAGAAGGACACGAGGAAAGCACCGAUGAAAAAAUUGAUGAAAGCAGUUCUAGUGCGAAAGAGUUAGUGGGAUCGAGAGCGGACUUGUCUCGAUCCCCCUGUUGGGAAUUACUACUACUACUACACGAAGAUGGUAAAUAUGAAACGCGGCUAACAUAAUCGGCCCUCACUAAGAUUUUAAAGUUGGAAGCGUUACGCUCUCUGCCCAAAUCUACUCAGUCAUGAUGUACUUUUUAAAACUUAGCGCAACCAGUGCGGGCGCUCAUGGAACAAAGACUUACUUUACUUAUGCAAACGACGGCAUAUCGAAAACACUAGAGAAUUAUCAGGCCCAGACGAAAAAUAAAUGUAGGAUUUCAAAUAAAUAUUGUACACACAGGUCCAAAUGAAAAGCUCCAUUUUGUUGCAACAUCAGGCAGAGCGCGAGAAAAGAAAUCAAAAUCUGCACAGCAGCAGCAGCUGCUAAAAAUGUGAUUUGGACGUAAAACAGUUCCGAGUUCUACCCUGCUUGCAUCUAGAGCAUAACUAGUCCGAUUUAUUCAUCAUCAUUUUCUUGUGCGCCACCGAUAUUCAUCUUCUUGUCUUCGUUGUCGUUGUCGUGAACAGGGAAAGAUUACGGCCGAAAAACCUCAGCGCAAAUCGCUGGCAUUCGUCAUUAUUUGUUUUUCAUUUUUCAGCUUCCGGUUGAGAAUUUGAGAGCUUCUAUAGUAACGGUUCAAAAAAACAGCAUGGCAAAUCAUGAAAAUCCGGAAAUUCUUGCUGUUGCACCCUACCGCGACGUACUUCGAGCGGUGCUUCUCUUACUCUUCUUUCCUAGUUUCGGUGUGAGAAAUGCGCAUUCGAAAGUGUAGAAAUAUCACGACACUGGGGUCGUCGGGGUUGAAGUUCGUCGUCGUGUAUUUCGAAAAGGUCGAGAAUGUGCACGUGUUUGCCGCUACGUCAAAGACCACGCAACAAGCAACACAAAUUUAUCUUUCCAUCAUCAUCUUCAUCGUUCUUUCGCACCUCGAUCUUCAUCUUUCGAGCGUUGAGAUAAAUGCGAAAUAAAUAAAACAUCCUGUGACAAUUUGCAUUACAAACUCCAAAAGCGCGGAGAUUGUUGCAACCAACAUUGAUCAACAUCUGCACCAACAUCGGGUGUUAUGCUUCAUCAUCAUCUUUUCUUCUUCACGGGCGGGUCUGGAGAGAACAUCUACAUCUUGAAAAACAACAACAACAUCUGCAUCGUCUUUUUGUUUCUUUCACGGGCGGGUCUUGAUCUUGAACAUCUACG